UUCCUUAGCAGCCCACAGCUCCCACACGGCCACACCAGCUGGGUCCGAAACAUAGGCCCAACAAGGAGCAACAACCCUGUUCUAGCCCACCACUCGACGCCGACGGCCGACACCGCUGACACGCUGUCCGCGGUCCGCGGUCCGCCGACGCUUGCCUCCCGCAGCCGCCGCCCGUCGGCCCUCCCCCCUCCCCUCGCUGGCACGGCGGCUCGGCGGUCGCCGAGCACUGACCCGAUGCUGCGACCUAGCCAUCGGAGGAAGAGAUCCUUAGCCGAUGCCGUGAAGAAGCUGGUGAAGCAAGAGGAGGAGUGGAGCUGGGGAGAAAAGGUCAACUUCGUGGGGGUAAGGAUCAGAAUAUCAUAUCCACCACUUUCUUUUUACAGGCGUAUUUAACUGUACAUGAUCUUUGGUUAGGUAAGACAAACAACACAAUUAGUCAAAGUUUUUAGUAUGAAGCAUUGAAGUUCCCUAAUUCUUCCAAUAAAAUGCAAUCGGACUUGCAAUAUUAACUUGAACUGCACAGUUUACCUGUUUUGGAGAAGUAUACAAUUUCUUGGCCCUGCCCUUUUCAGAUGUUUUCCAGAAAAAAAAAACAAUGCCUUGGCCCUGGAUGACCGUCCAAAAGAAUACUCAAUACUGUAUUCAACAAAAUACAAAACACAAAAAAUAAAAAUUGGACCGAUUUGGAACCCGAGAAAAGUUUUCUGAUGUUGAUCUGUGGGGACUCAGGAGUACAAAAUGGUGGGCUCGAUGUCUUUCUCUAUUAAUGUGUUUCAGUGUACAGACGGGUCCACUAGAAGUCUCAGUCUCCUUAGCACCACAGGGAAAUGAUUAUUAAAGAUCAUAUACUUUGUUUAAAUUUAUUUUGACCUGAUGAGACGACUUUGACUACUGGCUGAAGCCAGCUACCUGUUGGAAAAUUGAUUGGCUGGUGGCCAUAGAAGGAGAACGAAAAUAUGGGUUGGUGGAGUUCUCAUAUGGCUCAGACAUGGUCUCAUGGUGUGGAGAGAAGCAUGAGAAAGGAGAGAGUAGAUCAGCAAUACGUUGUUUCUAUUCAUUGAUAUCUUGACAUCUUGUUUCUAUUCAGUGAUCAUAACCAGUCCAAUCCAGUUUAUGCAGUUUUCUCCCCUUCGCGAUGGAGUUUUCAUGCAUCUGGAGUGAUCUUAUCAGGGAAGUCUAUAGCUAUCUGGACAUGAUUUCUCCAUAAAAAACAGUUCAAUUCCUCAAACACUCCAAUUUCCUUGCCCCAAGUCCCACCCAUAGAAAACAUUACGCAAUCGUUCCCACCUAUCUUAUAGCAAUUUGUUAGCCGGUAAUUUUAUAGCAUUGAUGUGAAGGAACCUUCAAACUUCCAUAUUUUCAUACAAAACAACAAUCAUUACCUAUGAUACACCCAAGCCUACUAACUACCAUCCAAUGGGUCGCACUGUCUACCCUCAUAUUGAUCACCAUAGCGGCUGAUAACUACUCAUCAUCCUCUAGCCCAAUCUUUCUAAAUUGUGGAGCCUCCACCAUGCAACUUGAUAUCAAUAAUCGGAGUUGGGAGGGGGACACUAGAUCCAAGUUUGCAUCAGCAAUGAAUGGAAUUGCAGCUAGUGCUACAUACCAAGACCCUUCACUCCCAUCUCUUGUGCCUUACAUGACAUCCCGUAUAUUCAUUUCAAAUUACACCUAUUCCUUCCCAAUUAGCCCAGGGCGGAUAUUCGUGCGCCUUUACUUCUAUCCAGUGGCCUAUGGCUACUAUGCUUCUGAAGAUGCUUACUUUGGUGUCAAAACAAACAAUUUGAUUCUUUUAGACAACUUCAAUGCUUCACAAACUGCUCAGGCAGCAAACUAUGCCUACAUCCUUCGAGAAUUCUCGCUGAACGUCACUUUAGGUAGUCUAGACCUCACCUUUUUCCCAUCCACACAGAAUGGUUCUUAUGCAUUUGUGAAUGGGAUUGAGAUUGUGCCCACGCCUGACAUCUUCACAACACGAACACCUACACAUAACACCGAAGGGAACCUUGAUCCAUCCGAUAUAGAUUCUAUGACCAGUUUCCAAACGAUGUACCGUCUCAAUGUUGGGGGCCAGGCGAUCAUUCCACAAGGUGAUUCUAGGUUCUAUCGUUCAUGGGAGGAUGACUCUCCAUACAUAUAUGGUGCUGCCUUUGGGGUGACCUUCGGCAAAGAUAGUAAUGUCACCAUCACAUAUCCAGGUACUAUGCCAAACUACACUGCACCUGCUGAUGUGUAUGCAACAGCACGAUCAAUGGGCCCAAAUUGGCAGAUCAACCUGAACUACAAUCUUACAUGGAUCUUAUCGGUUGACGCAGGGUUUUACUACCUCUUAAGGUUCCAUUUCUGUGAGAUCCAGUAUCCUAUAACCAAGAUGAAUCAGAGGUCAUUCUUCAUUUACAUCAAUAAUCAGACGGUGCAGGAUCAAAUGGAUGUUAUUCGUUGGAGUGGAGGAAUUGGCAUGGCAACAUAUGCUGACUAUCUUAUCGUCACAGUUGGUUCCGGUCAGAUGGAUUUGUGGGUUGCACUUCAUCCUGAUCUUUCAAGUAGACCACAGUAUUAUGAUGCAAUACUAAAUGGCCUUGAGGUCUUCAAGCUAUGGGACAUUGGGAAAAAAAACCUUGCUGGGCUUAACCCUCCACUUCCACCACAACCAAAGACUGAUGUGAACCCUAAAGGGGUGUCUGGUGGAGGGAAAUUAAAGGCUGCUGUCCCAGCAGCCAUAUGUGCCGUGGUUGUGCUGAUUACAGCUUGUUUUUGUGUGUGCAUCAUCUGUAGACGAAAGAAAGUGGCAAAGCAUUCUGGCAAGACUGACAAAAAGUGCUUGACUUAUCAAACUGAAUUAUACAAAUCACCAUCAAAUCUUUGUCGGAACUUCACCUUCCAUGAAAUGCAAAUAGCAACUAGUAGCUUUGAUGAAACCCUUCUGCUUGGUAGAGGUGGAUUUGGUGAUGUGUACCGUGGAGAGAUAGAUAAUGGUACAACGGUGGCGAUCAAACGGAGCAACCCAUUGUCCCUGCAGGGUGUUCAUGAGUUCCAGACCGAGAUUGAGACGCUGUCCAAGGUCAGACAUGGCCAUCUUGUGUCUCUAAUCGGAUACUGCCAGGAAAAAAAUGAGAUGAUUUUGGUGUAUGAAUACAUGGCCCGUGGAACACUUCGGGAGCACCUGUACAGCACCAAGAGGCCACCAUUACCAUGGAAGGAGCGCCUCAAGAUCUGCAUUGGUGCAGCCCGAGGGCUGUAUUACCUGCACACGGGCCCGAAAGAAACAAUCAUCCAUCGUGACGUGAAGACUGCCAACAUUCUACUAGAUGACAAGUGGGUGGCAAAGGUUUCAGACUUUGGGUUGUCCAAGGUUAAUCCGGACAUUGACGCCACCCAUGUUAGCACUGUUGUGAAGGGUACAUUCGGAUAUUUCGACCCUGAGUAUUUUCGGUUGAAGCAACUUACCCAAAGGUCAGAUGUGUUCUCUUUUGGGGUUGUGUUGUUUGAGAUCCUGUGCGCUCGCCCUCCAGUAAACACUGAGCUUCCAGAAGAGCAAGUGAGCUUGCGUGAAUGGGCAUUGUCUUGCAAGAAGAUAGGCACUCUUGGUGAAAUUAUAGAUCCCUAUCUUCAGGGAGAAAUCGCUCCUGAUUGCCUCAAGAAGUUUGCUGAUUGUGCAGAACAAUGUGUUGCUGAUCGAAGCAUCGACAGGCCAGAGAUGGGUGAUGUUCUUCGGAACCUAGAGGUUGCUCUGAAGAUGCAGGAGUGUGCAGAGAACAAUAGCAAAUUCAGUGAAGAAACAACAUCGUCGAAGACAACACCAGACAUGAUGACCAUCAUGGAUACUGACAAACAAUCCACCUACUCGACAAUGAGCAUCACUGGACAAAGGACCAUAUUCUCUGAUAUGAUGGAUCCGCAGGCCCGAUGAAACACAACAGUUAAUGUUUCAACUAAUUUCAGAUCCAUAGUUCAUGUCCUGGUGAUCUUUUGAUCGCAAUCACUCUAGUAUGUUGAAUAAUUAGUUGUUUCAGAUUUUUCAUACUAGUUCCAAAUCUAAGCAUAGUUAGACUUAUCAAGUAAAUAAUUCUGCAUACCAUUUUUAAGAAGUAAUGCUACUGUUUGAGUGGUUAUUUUGUUGCUUUUGGAUAGUAUAGUUUACCCAAUCUAUCUACAUACGAAGGUGCUGUUAAUGCAGUGUCGAUCUUAAAAAAAAGAUAAUUAAGAAGCAAAGUUUAUUAUCA